CGGGCUUAGGGCGAUUAUGCUCCGUAAUCAUAUUAUUCCCAGCCUCUGAAUGUACACUGUCUGACUUGCGUUUAGCGCCCAUGGAGACCUUAGCCCCAUUUCCUCUAGAACCACCUGAUGAACGCCACAGUCGUGCACCAGAAUUUUAUGGUUUCGUAGCUUGGACUUCUACAUCCGUCGUGUUUGUCUUCUAUGUUCUAUGGGCCCUGCUCCCAGAUGAAUAUAUCGUCUGGCUAGGCGUGAAAUGGUAUCCGAGUAGGGAAUGGGCUCUGCUUCUCCCGGCAUACUCCAUUGUCGUCGUACUUUUGACGUACUUUGUCUAUUUUGGCAUCGCUAUCGCACGAACUCCAGCCUUCUCUGACCCCAGCACGUUCAUUGAUACCAAAGCACACCUUCCUGCGCUAGAUAUACAUGUUAAUCAUGCGGAUCCAAAUGCUAUCCCUGAACUGUAUGAUGUUCCAAUCGGAAUCGUCAAUCGUGUGGUGUAUGGACCACACCGCUCGCGAAAUGAAAAGGGAGAAAGUUUGAGCAAGGCUGACAAAGUCCAAGUAUUUCCUAAAACCCUAUAAUUUAACAUUGCUGCGAAUUCUAGAAUACAAAUGCUAGCUAACUGAUCCUUGAAUCGUAACCUGUGCAUUGAGCGUCUAAAUGUUUAAUCAAAACUAAUCAAUGUGCGGUCGGUCUUCGCAUUAGUAUUAAGCAAGGCAUCGAGCCUCCUGUAGGGUAAGUACGUGUCAUGUGAAAACCGAAGGGAACGGCUAUUUUGUGGAGCGAUUGAUUGGGUCGCACCGACAGUCAUUCUACCCCACUAGAAAUCAGCGCGAUUUAACCCCCGAGCGGGACGAAGACGGACCUGACUGGGGUAGUGGCGAGAAC